UCAACCAACGAAGUUCAAAAGAGAGCAAUCAUCGAUCAUGAAAGGCUCGCGCCAAGAUCUGAUCGGCGAAAUGCCCGACGAAGAACAACCGCCUCAAGAAUCCCCUGUCGACGUUGAUGUCUCCCCUCUCUGCCGUGACUACAACAACCAACCAGCCAAUCCCAGCUCUGCCUGCUGCUGCAAAUGCAGUUGCUCCUCCAUGAAACGCCCCUCCCGGGUCUCCCCUGAACCCUCCGCGGAACGCGACUCCAAGAAACCCAACCUCCAUGGUCCAUCUCUCGCAGCUUCCUCCGUUCUUCCCCAUCCCUCAGCUGCCCCCGAAACCCAAUCUUUCCCUACCCUUCGCCGCUGCCUUUCUGGUCGUUACACCCCACCGAGGUUAUCCACUUCGCUCUCGGGUUUCUCUGUUACUCCCCUUGUCCCAAUUCCCACCCAAUCUUCCCCUCCCCAUCGCCGCUACGUUUCUGAUCCCUAUAGCCCUCCAAUGUCAUCAAACUUCCAGCCACUGGAUUCUUUGGUGUCGCAACCACCCCCGGAGGAUGCCGAGAUUGUGGCGGACACACUGCCGCCUAGAGGAGGUCCCUCUUCACUGCCGCCGAAGCCCCCAGUCCGGAGGCGGUUGAUGGUGGACGCCACUCCCUCACCGGACAAGUCCUUCACCAGGUCUCCCAGCUCGAAAGAAAUCACCAGGGAAGAGAGUCCCCAUAUCCAGAGGUGGCAGAGGAUGAAGGAUCGUCUGAAGGAGAUGAAUGAGUGGCUGGAUGAAAUCCGGGAAAGUGAGGAACCGAGAGUCACUAAAGAUCCAGCAAAGGAUGAGAAUGAAGAAGAAGAAAUUGAAGAAGCUGUGUGGGUGGAGAAAACAGGGGAAUGUUUGGUGGUUCAUUUCAAGUGUCCCUGUGGCAAAGGCUAUCAAAUUCUUCUCUCUGAAGGCAAAUGCUACUACAAACUCAUGUAGGUUCAUCUUUCACAUCGUUCGAGGAAAAGAUACGUUGUUGUGAAUCAUAUUCCUUUAGAAUGCACAGGAAGCUUAAGACUGAUUUUCAUUUCUUCUCUGAUUUGUGCUGUCUUGGCACACAUGUUGUAAUUGAAAGAAAGAGGUUUAGAGAUUGGAUGGAUUUUGUUCACAAGGAAGACAACAUAUUGUUGUCAUCAUUCUUUUUGUACCAUUGCAGAACAACCUACACUGCAAUUGAAUGAAGGUUUCAUAAAUAU